AUUCAAAUUUUCACGAAGGCAACUAGAAUAAUAUUUCUCUCAAAAAGAUAAUAUCUCUGCACUACCUAUUAAGAUCUUUAUAAGAGCUGCACCCAGUUGAUCUACUUGGGCACCUCUCUAAACCUCUCUUUAAUGGCUGCAGAGGCUAUAAUUCUCUUCUUCUCUCUCAGUUUACUGCUAUGUGAUUCAUGGGGUGCACUUCAGGUUGGCUUCUAUGCCUCAACCUGCCCUUCUGCAGAGUCCAUUGUGGCUUCCACCGUUCAGUCUUCUGUCAAUGCCGACAAGACCAUAGCCGCUUCCCUUCUCCGCCUACACUUCCAUGACUGCUUCGUUCAGGGAUGUGAUGGCUCAAUUCUCAUUGAUGGGCCGACUGCAGAGAAAAGGAGCGGCCCGCAUGCCGGUGUAAGAGGGUAUGAAUUAAUUGAGGGUGUGAAAUCUCAGCUGGAGCAGAUGUGCCCUGGUGUUGUCUCCUGCUCAGACAUAGUGGCAAUGGCAGCAAGGGACGCAAUUGCAUUGAGUGGAGGACCACGUUACGACGUUGAGACAGGAAGAAGAGAUGGCCGCGUUUCUGCGAUUUCUGAUGCAAGCAUCAUGCCGGACGUCGAUGAUUCGAUUGAUGUACUUAAAUCAAAGUUCGCAUCGAAGGGACUCUCUGCAGCAGACUUGGUUCUUCUGAGUGGAGGAGGACAUACCAUAGGCACGACUGCAUGUUUCUUCAUGACUAAGCGCCUCUACUCAUUCACGCCGGACGGGGGCCCCGACCCGUCGAUCGAACCGUCUUUCCUGCCGGAACUCCAAGCGACGUGCCCGCAAAACGGCGACGUCAACGUCCGGCUGGCCAUAGACCGCGGAAGCCAGACCGCAUUCGACGAGAGCAUUCUUAACAACAUAAGGUCGGGAUUCGCGGUUCUCGCAUCGGAUGCACAACUAUAUCAAGAUCAGACCACACAAAGCGUUGUCGAUUCAUAUGUAGAUUCGUUCGGCAGCGGCUUCGGACCGUCGUUCAAUCAAGACUUCGCCGACGCAAUGGUCAGGCUCGGCCGGCUCGGCGUGAAAACCGGGGGUGAGGGCGAAAUCAGGAGAGUCUGUGCCCAGUUCAAUUGAUGCCUGCUACUGCACGUACAGUUUGCUCAUUGUUUCGGAUACUUGUAAUGUUGCGAGGGGUGUCCCCGAUAAAUGACAUUCUUCGAGCACCGUUAUGUCAUUAGUCGUAUGUAAAGGGGGUCACGAAUAAGUGCUGUUCACAUUAAUUGGGAGAAGUCAUCCCGUGUACAUGCAUCCUAUUGUUUGUGUGACUGUGUAACGUGAAUAUUCUACAUUUCUUUCUAA